ACUUUUGUCUUUAGUGCACUUAAUUUAAAUAGCCAUAAUCAAAAUUUUCUGAUCAGCUUGAAAUGAAAUGAUUCUGAUGAUCGGAAACCAUCAGAAUCAGGUGUGUUGCAGCACACCUUUUUUUUCUGACAUAGAGAAUAGCAUCCAAAGAACCAAUGAUAAAAAAAACAACAACGGUCUAACCUGGUGGUGCCCAAAUCCAGUUCUCAUAUCCUGCUACCUUUAGAUGUGUCUCUUCUCCAACACACCUGUUUCAAAUGAAUUGCUUCUUAGGCCUCUGCAGAGCUCAAUGGCAUGUUGCUCAGGGAUUAGUAGCUCUGGUUAUCUCUGGGCUUGACUGCAAGGACUCUGUAAACCCAAAAGAGGAGCAGAAGGUGGAUUUUCUCAUGGAACUGAACAGCCUGGAACAAGCAAACCUGAAUGCUAAGGAAUGUAACCCUCAUAAGGAACUAAUUGGUUCCCCAACUGAGAGAACCCAACAUGCUGAUAACAUUGGAACAGAGUCUGAACCUCACUGGAUGGAGUCCUCUUGUGCUUUCCCUAUGCAAUUAGCCUACAUGUCUGAAGAUAAAUGGAUGAUGGAGGAUCCGGAGAAUUUUCAAGACAACUUGCUGCAUUCAAGCUGCACAGUAGAGGGUGCUGUUGCUCAGGAAAUGGCAGACAGAGAUGUCAGCAUGUCGUUCCCUCCAGUUAUGAACAGCGCUGACCUGCAGGUCCCUUCGCCAGUCAGAGCCACUGCUGGUCCUGAGUUAUGCAGCUUCGUAGCUGAUGCAUGCGCUCCCUUUGGUUCUUCAAGCAACUGUCCCUGUUGCUCUGACCACUGUCCAGUCAGCGCUGCAGCACACCUCCACCUCCUGGGAGAGUCCAUGUCUCUCAUUGGCAGCCAUCUUGAAGAGACUAAUAAACGUGUGUGCAUGUCUGGCAGCCUCUCUCUGUUCUUGGACUCUUUGCUGUGUGCUCUGGCUCCUCUAAUGUGCCUCACAACACAGAUACCUGAGCUGACUAGCUGCACAGAGCACACACUGGGCUCCACUCUGGAAAAUGUUGCUUAUAUGAUGCCUGGGCUUUAGAUGAAGGUGGAAGACUCAAUCCAUUCUUCACCAAGAUGAUCCAUGGAUAGAUGUGUAUUUUUUUUAUUUAUUUUGAAAUGUAUUAAUGCAGUUAUUUAGGUUUAGUAUCAACAUUUAUUGCAUUGUUUUUGUUGUGUGACUAAAUGAUUUGUCUGGGCAUGAAGUGGUGUAGGUGUUUUCCAUUUGAGAAGUCACAAGGAGAUCCUGUUUCACUGGGAAAAGGAUGUGCUGAGUUCAUAUCCUGGUUCAGGUUUAGAAAUUAACCCACCCUAUUCUUAUGAUUAAAAUUAAUUUAUUGAAUCGUUGUGGAUAAUGUGUAAAUAAAAUAAAAUGUUAUCCAAACAAUA